AUGUCCAAUGUGUAUACAUUAAACGAUAUAAAAGAUAGAGGAGAUCCUAAAGGGGUCGGGUAUCGGCUGGGUAGUAUCCGCGAAUCAGAACUUGAGAAUGCAUUGCAUAGUAGUAUCAAAUCUGCUUCUGAUCUUGCUAAUGAAUAUAAAGACCUGCAAGGUGUAUAUUUAAAGCAAGAAAAGGAACUUGAGCUAGUUCAAGCUGAUACUAGAAAAAAGAUUAGCCAACUAAAUGCAUCCAAUACUAGGCUUAGAUCUUCUGAACGGGCAUCCCAUACUGAAAUCCAAUCGCUUAAAUCUGAGAUUAAAGCACUAAAGAGAAAAGCGACCCUCGCCCAGAAAGCUUCGUCCCUUAACAAGGAUGAGAUUUUUUGUCUUAAAGGUGAAAUAGAUAAACUGAAAGCCGAAGUAGAAGAAUUGGAAUCGGAGAUGGAAUUAGAACGCACAUCUCAUGAUUCAGAUACCACUUCAUUUAGGGAUAAAAUAAGUGAAUUAAAUUUCCUUAAUCGUAUAUUGGAGCAGGAAAGGGAUGAUUUAAAUUCAAAGAAACAUGAAUUGGAAGCCGAGGUAGGGCUUAAGGAUUCUGAAAUCACCUCUCUUGGAGCUAAAGUAAACGAGCUAGAGAAAGUAGAAAGAGGUCUAAUAUGUAGAUAUGGGUUAAUUAGCUGUCUCAGGUCUAGAGUGAGAGAAUUGGAAGAUCAGUUAGAACAACAAAUAUCCCAGUCAUCCCACGAACCGAACAUAAUAGGUGGAGCUGAAGCAGAUCCAGACUCAGCUGAGAACUCUGUGGAAAAAGAGUCCCUUCCUCAAGAAACUAAUACUCAUUUAGCAGAGCAGAUUUCGGAAGCAUCCAGUGAGUUUAAUGAAGUGAUUGGAGGUGAUAGCGGACCAGAGAAAGGUAACGAAAUCACUAGCCCCGAAAUAACCUCAGUAUCACUCAAUUCCUUCUUUCAGCAGAAUGCGCCCGAUCAAAAUGAAAUGUAA